AAACAAGUUCGUUAUGUGUAUUAAAAGCAGUUCAGAAUAAAAAUACAAAAUAAUAAUAAUAAUAAUAAUAAUCCUCAGAGAGAUACUCGGGUACAGUCUGGAGCAAACGUACUCCGUUACUCUGCAGGAUGGUUCCCGUUGACCCGCUGAGGACCGAACGCCGGCCGAGUCCCGGUUCUGGUGGCAGCAGAGCGGGGAGGCGGCUGCUCUGAGGACGGACAUGAGGGCAGUAAAGCGGCUGUGAUUCCGCCUCCCGGCGCUCCGCUCUUCCAGCGGUAAUUGAAAUGGCGCAUGUGGCCGCAGGCGGCUCCUGAAGCCCGGAGCUCAGCGGCACCGAGGCCGGGGGUCGGACUCCACAUCGUGCCGCGGUUCUGCUGCGGGUCGGAGGCUGGAGGAUCCGCAGCUCUCCGCGGCUCACGGACGAGUCGGGGCGACAGAAGAGAACCAACCGCCGCCUGGAACCUAAUCUGGCCCCGGGGGAUCCGAGGGCCCCGGGCCCCCGCUCAGCCUCCGCCUCUCUGUCGAUCCGCCUCAGACGCUCUUUCACCGCGGAGGAGAAGCAGCCGCGACCCGGAGAUCAGCAGCGGGGGACCGAGCUCACAUACGCCGCUUCCAUGUCUUCUCUGUCGGUGUCCUCUCAGCCCUCAGGGAAUCCCCUCACCUGCCCAGCUGACCAAGGCUAACGCCCCGGUGCACAUCGACGUGGGAGGAACCAUGUACACCAGCAGCCUGGCCACGCUCACCAAGUUCCCCGAGUCCAGGAUCGGCCGACUGUUCAGCGGUUCUGAGCCCAUCGUUCUGGACAGUCUGAAGCAGCACUACUUCAUUGACAGAGACGGAGACAUCUUCAGGUUCAUCCUCAGCUUCCUGAGAACCUGCAAGCUGCUGCUGCCUGAAGACUUCCAGGACUUCCCCCAGCUGUAUGAGGAGGCCCGGUUCUACCAGCUCACCCCGAUGGUCCGGGAGCUGGAGCGCUGGCAGGCGGAGCGGGAGGCGAGGCGGGCGGCGCCCUGCGAGGUUCUGGUGGUCCGGGUGAGUCCGGACCUGGGGGAGAGGAUCGCUCUGAGCGGGGAGAAGGUUCUGAUCGAGGAGGUCUUCCCCGAGACCGGAGACGUCAUGUGCAACUCUGUGAACGCCGGCUGGAACCAGGACCCGACCCACGUGAUCCGGUUUCCCCUCAACGGGUACUGCAGGCUCAACUCAGUACAGGUCCUGGAGCGUCUCUUCCAGAAGGGGUUCCUCAUCAAGGCGUCCUGCGGCGGCGGCGUUGACUCGUCUCAGUUCAGUGAAUACAUUCUGAGUAGAGACCUGCAGCCCAGCAGGUCCCUCAGCAGGACCCCGAUCCGGAUCAAACAGGAACCUCUGGACUGAACACCUGGCCAGGUGACCACCAGGUGACCAGCUGCAGGUCUCGGGGGCUCAGUGUAAAUCUCAGGUGCAGUGUGUAAAUAUUAGUGAUCGUCUGUGAACAACUGUAAGGAUCAUUCCAUGAAGAACCAACCAGAGCCUCCAGUGACCUCAGAACAUCUGGUUCUUCAUCUCCAGUAACUUAAUCAAUGAUCACAAUUCUACCUUCAUACUGGGAAUAUCUCCAGAGUUCCAGGUCCUUGAAGUCCAUAGAGGAGAACGUCCCCUGGAGAAAGUUCUAGAGUAGACCUACCGACAACUGGAGAAAGUUCUAGAGUAGACCUACCGACAACUGGAGAAAGUUCUAGAGUAGACCUACCGACAACUGGAGAAAGUUCUAAAGUAGACUUUAGAACUUUCUCCAGGGGACGUUCUCCUUUCUUGCUUCCAGUCUUUAAGUGUAGUCUCACUUUGAACAUUGCACUCUAGAACUUUCGUCUACUUCUCGACUCAACUGUACAGUUGUUGGUAUGUCUACUCUAGAACUUUCUCCAGGGGACGUUCUCCUUUCCUGCUUCCAGUCUUUAAGUUUAGUCUCACUUAGAACAUUCCAGGUCCUUGAAGUCCAUAGAGGUGGGUCCAGAUUUAUCACUUUUUAAUGGACUUUUUCAGAAUUUCAUCAGUCCAGCUGAUAGAACCAUGACAUUUAGGAGGAGAAACAUCUGAGUUCUGGUAAAAACUGACCCGAAAUCAGUUUAAAUCCAUCCAGGUGUCUCAGUCUGAACCCUGAACCUGGUUUCUGUUUAUUUUCUACACCAGUAUUAUGGGAUGUAUCAGAACGUUCUAAAGCUGCUGUAGAUGGAGAACCAGCUGGUUCUUCAGUGGAUCUUCUCUGCAGUGACCCUCAGAUCGUUUUUUAAAUGUAAUUUAAUCUUUUGAUAAAUCUGUACAUUGAAUGUUUGUUUUUUUUUUUCACAGAUCAGGUCUCAGUAAAAACUCCAAAAAG